AUGAGCUUCGGAAACCCUGUUUCCAAAUCGGGAGGAAAGAGGGUCACCAACAACACAGUGAAGAAGUACACCCCAUUCCCAGCUUUGCAUUUUCCAGAGCGGAAAUGGCCCCAGAAAACGUUGACAAAGCCGCCGCGGUGGCUGUCAACCGACCUGAGAGAUGGGAAUCAGGCCUUGGUACAGCCUAUGGAUGGUGACGCCAAGCUUCGCUUCUUCCAGCAUCUGGUCAAGUUUGGCUACAAGGAAAUCGAAGUCUCGUACCCAUCAGCCAGCCAGACCGAAUUCGAUUUCACCAGGCGGCUCAUCACCACCGGUGCAAUCCCAGAUGAUGUCUGGAUCCAAGUAAUGGCUCCCUGCCGCGAGGAGCUGAUCAGAACCACCAUUGAGGCAGCAAGAGGCGCCAAGAAAGUGAUCGUGCACAUUCACCUUUCUACAUCUGAAGUCUUCCGGGAGGUGGUCUUCAACAUGACCGAACAAGAGACCAUCGAGCUGGCCGUCCGAUGUGCACGGUUGAUUCGCAAUCUCACCAAAGAUUCAGCCGAUCCGGAAAUGCGGCAGACUGAGUGGACGCUGGAAUUCACCCCUGAGAACUUUCAAGAUACCUCCCUGGAGUUUGCCCUGGAGAUCUGUGAGGCAGUGAAGGCAGCCUGGGAACCGACAGAAGAGAACAAGAUUAUCUUCAACGUGGCAGCGACAGUCGAAGUAGCAAUGCCCAAUGUGUUUGCAGACCAAAUCGAGUACUUCUGCACCCACAUAUCCGAUCGGGAAAAGGUCAGCGUAUCGCUGCAUAAUCACAAUGAUCGUGGCUGCGCUGUGGCCGCUACAGAAAUGGGUCAGCUUGCCGGUGCGGAUCGAGUGGAAGGCUGUCUAUUUUCCAACGGAGAACGGACAGGCAAUGUCGAUUUGGUGACUCUCGCGCUGAACCUCUACACUCAGGGGGUGGACCCGGGCAUUGACUUUGGCAACCUCAACGAAGUGGUCGACAUGGUCGAAGAGCUCACCAAAAUUCCGGUCCACUUUCGGGCACCAUACGCUGGCAAAUACACGUUCUGCACAUUUACUGGCACCCACCAAGACGCCAUACGCAAGGGCUACAAGUCCAGAGCCCGUUUGGAGGAGAGGUCGGGACCCUCAGCAAAAUGGCAAAUGCCAUAUCUUCCCAUGGAUCCUGCGGACUUGGGGAGGAAGCAUGAAGCUAUCAUUCGCCUCAACUCUCAGAGUGGCAAAGGUGGUAUUGGCUGGUUCGUGAAUACGGUCUUCGAGGUCGAUAUGCCAAGAGACCUCGAGGUCGCCUUUACGAGGGUGGUCAAGAGCUACUCUGAAGAGAAGGGUGUUGAAAUCACACAUGAUAUCAUUGAGGAACUUUUCAGGUCUCACUACAUGCUCCCAAAGCCAGAGGGUGUGCAGCUUCUGAGCUGCAAUCUGAGAACCGGGAAGACUUGCAGUGCAAGAUCCAACGGCGUAAAAGGUGUCAACGGGAUGAACGGCCACGCCGUCAGUGGCGUGAAUGGCGUAAACGAUCACGCCAACGGUCACGCCAACGGCAAACCAAAGCCCAACGGAAAGCCUGCUAUACAUGAACAUACCAAAACGGUACACCUGCAGGCCAAUAUUGCUAUCCAAGGAGUCAGACAAACCAUUUCUGGCUCAGGAGAUGACAUUUUAACAAGCCUGGUGGACGCUGUACGCGGUCUCGGCUUCUGCUUUGACGUGCUCGACUACAAAACGGAGUGGCAGCAUCACGAAGGAGCGGGGGAGAAUGACGAGUCGACACGGAGAAGCGCCGGCUUCGUCAAGCUGGUGUCAGGGGACAAAACCGCUUGGGGAGUGGGUAUUCAGGAAGAUUCAAUCCUGGCAUCAUUACAUGCAAUUUUGAGCGCAGCCGCAAAGCUGGAGUAG